GGAAGAGGAGAAGGAGCGCACUGCUGAAGACGGACGACGUUUCUCCACAUUCCAGGUGUGCUGAUAAUCUGACAUGGAUCCAGGCCUCACCAUCGUCCUUCUUGGGAAAACAGGAGUUGGAAAAAGUGCCUCAGGAAAUACCAUCCUGGGGCGGAAUGCGUUUGAAUCAACAUGGUCCUUCGAAUCGGUGACAACACAGCGUUCUGAGGCAACUGAAAAUGUCUGCGGGAAGCAAGUCACAGUUGUGGACACACCAGGUAUACUGGGUGCUGAGGAGGACAUUAAGACCUGGUGCCAAGGAGUCCUGGACUCCUCCAGACCUUGUCUGUUUCUGGUUGUGGUCAAAGCAGAUCGCUUCACCCCAGAGGAGCAGCAGGCUGUGGAGGCAGCGACUGACAUCCUUGGGGAUCGAGGGCUGGAAAAGAGUUAUUUACUCUUCACAAGAGGUGACAAUUUAAGGAACAUGACACUUGAUGAGUUUAUCUUUAAAGUUGAAGGUGCACUUCCAGACGUCAUCACGAGAAGCUUUGCAGGGAGGUAUCAUGUGUUCAACAAUGAAGCCGGAGGAUUGGAGCAGGUCCGAGAGCUGCUGGUCAAGUCAGGUCACCUCACAACCAAUAUUCCCACAGACUCUGUCCGGCCAGAGGACAGGAGGAUUGUGCUGAUUGGUCGACCUGGAGUUGGGAAGAGUUCAUCAGGGAACACCAUCCUGGGAUCUGACGUGUUUAAGGCAAACUGUGACUUUGGAGCAGUCACCACCAAGUCUAAGGCAAAAGCAGUGAUGGUGGACGGUCGUCAGGUCACUGUGAUGGACACUCCAGGCUUCUCAGAUAAAGUGUUGUCUUCUGAGAGGCUGUUUGAGCAGAUCAUGAAAAUGCUGAUAGAGUGUCGUCCAGGGCCGCAUGCUUUUAUCUUUGUGGUGGAGAUAGGCAGGAUCUCUGAACAUGAUGCUAAACUGUUCAGCUUGCUGCCGAUACUGUUUAACAGCGAUGCUCUAAAAUAUUCCAUGGUGCUUUUCACCCAUGGAGACAAGCUUGGAAAUCAGUCCUUUGAAGAGAAGAUCCAGGGCAGUCGGUGUUUGUCUGAGCUUGUAAAGAAAUGUGGUGGUAGAUACUGUGUCUUUGAUAACAGCCGGAAAGGAAACAGACUGCAGGUCAGAGAGCUCUUAGGUAAAAUAGAUAACAUGGUCACAGCUAACGGUGGUGAGUGCUACAGCUCUGAUCUGUUCAAAACAGCCUACACAUUCUGGAGGGAGGCACAAAACCGAGCAUCAUUUGAAAAGGCACGAGACAGUUUAGGUGAGGCAGAUAACCCUAACUCUAACCUUCCUGUCCCUUACAGAGGACAGGCUCAGUGCCCUCUCCCUAACCCUAAUCCUAACCCCGCCAAGCCGUCAGUCUGGGAAAGACUGAUACGCUUUCUCGCCAGGAAGUGGGAAGAAAUCAAAGCAUUUUUCAAAUCGCUGUUGUUAGAAUCUCUGGUCGUAUUUGCUAUGUAUUUGCAGUGAGUUCUGUGCCUGAUUGGCUACCGGCGAGGACAACCGGGAUUGGACCAACCAGCGGGGAAGAGCGCUAUAUAAGGAGACCAGAGGAGGAAGAAGUCAGCAUUCUUCUUCCGCUCCCAACUCGAAACUCCCUCAUUUUGCCCUGUAUUGUGUGUGUGUGAGACAGGGAAAGUAGAGUUAUACUUUGUAAAGAAAAUUGUGAUUAAGUAACGGUAGGGGUGGGCUGCUAUUUUCUUUGUGAAUGUCUUUUUCUUCUGUGUUUUGGUAAGUUAGGGAGGUUAGUAUUUCUGUAUGUUAUUUUCUCCUUAUUUUAUUAGGUUAUCUCUUGAAAAUUAGUUAGGGUCGUUUUGUUUGUUAUUUUGGCCGGAGUCCAC